GCGAUGAGCGUCGACCAGCAAGUCAGCAACGCACUUGUCGAGUCGUUUUGGCCGUAACAUCUGAUGGGACAAGAGCCCCUGGAUCGGAAUUCCAGGCUCACGUCCUCCUCCGCUUAUUAGUGUAGAUCGUGCUGCCUCUCGAUCAAUACCCAUCGCUCCCAAAACACCGAUCCCAACCCCAGCCACAGAAAGAAAGAAAAUAUAGAAAGAAAGAAAGAGCUUACAGAUCCACGAUACAACUAUGCUGCGCUCCACCAGAGUUCUAGCUAGCAUGUGUGCUGGGCUCGUCUGCUUGGCCGCCAUCCAUGGAGCCGCCGGGAACGGGCUCCUGCAAGCCCCUCCCAACGCCUCACAGCUGGCUCACUGCCCCACCAGCUGCGGGGAUGUCAAAUUCUCCUACCCCUUUGGGAUAGGACCUGACUGCUUCCGGCAAGGCUUGGAGCUCACAUGUAACCAAGCAGAUCGUCCUCCCAAGCUCCUCUUGGGAAACAGUAACAUCCAGGUGACUUAUAUCUCUGUUGGCAACAGUACAGGUGGUGCUUCUACUAUGAUUGGCUACAACAUCACCAUGAGUCCAGGUACGGACACCUACAACAGGUCCUGGAAGACCCCUGCUGAGGGUGUAAUGAUCUAUGGCAGAUUGUACGUUGUUGGCUGCAAUGUUGAGGUCUACAUGUUCGGUGACAAUAUGACGGACUUGAUUGGUUCUUGCAUGAGUAUCUGCCCAGAUAACACGGAGAACAUGGAGAGGGCGGGUAAUGUUGGCGGCAACUGUGGUGGGAUUGGCUGCUGCUACAUCAACUUGCGGAGGGACCUGUUUACGAUUAACCUUGUCCGCCACAACAGUACAAGAGCAGAACAAGAUAAAGCGCUCUCCAAAGUCAAGAUUUUCGGAUCAUAUGGUUAUUAUGAGUUCGUUGUGAGUGAUCUUUUCUCGAGUUGGGUGAAUACAAGCAACCUAUAUGGGGGUGCGACAUCGGUAUUUGAUUUUGCCAUCACGGACCAACCAAAUUGUGAACGUGCCCAACUGAAUAAGGAUAGCUAUGCUUGUAAUAAUGAAAGCAACUGCUAUGAUGGAAGAUCUGCACGGGGCUACUAUUGCUUAUGCCCCAAUAUGCAGGGCAACCCCUACGUCAUAGAUGGCUGCACCCAAGAUUACAAUUCAACGCACAGAGAUAACUGUACAAGAGCAUGUGGAAACAUGACAAUUCCAUUCCCUUUUGGGAUUGAAGAAGGUUGUUACGCAAGCGAUAACUUUCGACUCAACUGCACACCACGUAAUGUCACCGUACUUGAUCGUGGGUACGCACAAUAUCGUGUGACUAAUGUAUCACUUGAUGAUGGGGUUCUAGCUGUUAGCAACAAGCUGAAUGACACAAGCUCCAAUAAUGUGGAAAGGAUAGUCUCCACUAACUAUGGUGGUGCUUACGGAACGUUUGAAGACUAUGGAGAGUCUAUUGUGGAUGGUAUUUUUUAUUUCUCGGAGGAAGAUGUAAUAAUAAACUGGGUUAUUGCAAACUUAACUUGUCAACAAGCCAUGCAAAGAACCGCUACGUAUGCGUGUGUCAGUCACAACAGCCACUGCGAAAAUGUCACGCGAGGGAAAACACGUUAUGGGUAUCUCUGCAAGUGUAAUGAUGGCUUCCAAGGAAAUCCAUACCUGCGAAAUAAUUGUACAGAUAUUAAUGAAUGUGAUAUUCCAAACAAAUGCAAUGGAAUAUGCCAUAAUUAUGAUGGAGGAUUCAACUGUACAAGCUGCUCCCAUGGAAAAGUGUAUGAUCGAACAAAACAUAAAUGUGUCAUGUCAGCUAAAGAGCACAAUUUGAUUCUCGGUAUUGCAAUUGGGGUUGCUUGCGGUCUUGGCUCCAUAGUUGUUGCACUAGGUGCGAUUGUACUCACCAGGAAGUGGAAGAAAGGAAUCCAAAGGAGAGUCCGGAGAGCAUACUUCAAGAAAAAUCAAGGUCUACUCUUGGAGCAACUAAUCUCGAAUGAAAGCACUACAGAGAAAACAAAGAUAUUCUCCUUGGAUGAACUAGUGGAGGCAACAAACAACUUCGAUAUUACUCGUGUUCUUGGUUGUGGAGGACAUGGCACAGUUUAUAAGGGAAUUCUAUCAGACCAGCGUGUUGUGGCUAUAAAAAAAUCUAAAAUAGUGGAACAAACAGAGAUAGAUCAGUUUAUCAAUGAGGUUGUUAUUUUAUCUCAAAUCAUACACCGCAAUGUGGUGAAACUUUUUGGUUGUUGCCUAGAAGAUGAGGUGCCAUUGCUAGUCUAUGAGUUCAUAUCAAAUGGCACUCUAUAUGACCUUCUUCACAAAGAUACAAUGGCAAAAUGCCUACUAUCAUGGAAUGACCGUGUAAGGAUUGCAAUGGAAGCAGCAGGGGCACUUUCGUAUCUACACUCGGCUGCUGCUAUACCAAUUUUCCAUAGAGACGUGAAAUCUUCCAAUAUACUCUUGGAUGACAACUUCACCGCAAAGGUUUCGGACUUCGGUGCUUCAAGGUCUCUUUCACUUGAUGAAACUCAUGUGGUGACAAUUGUGCAAGGAACAUUUGGUUACUUGGAUCCAGAGUAUUAUCAUACCGGUGAACUAACUGAGAAGAGUGAUGUGUAUAGUUUUGGAGUGAUACUUGUGGAACUUUUGACAAGAAAAAAGCCAAUUUUUAUCAAUGAUUUAGGUGCCAAAGAAAACUUGUCUCAUUACUUCAUUGAAGGGCUCCAAGAAGGGGCUCUUAUGGAAAUAAUGGAUUCACAUAUUAUGGAAGAGGCAGACCAAGACGAGAUUAAUUAUAUUGCCUCACUUACAGAAGCAUGCUUGAGGACCAAAGGAGGACAAAGACCAACUAUGAAAGAAGUUGAAAUGAGGUUGCAAUUCCUGAGAACUAAACUGCUGAGAAAAGCACAGAAUUUGCCUAGAAAUGAUGAAGAGAUUGAACCUUUGUUACGCCCAGAUGCUAGGAAUCUCACUAAUCCUGCCAAUGCUCUUCAGUUGACAUCUCAAGGGGUCUCCGGGUACAGUCUGGAGCAAGAUUUUGAUUCCUCAAUCUACUUGCCACGCUAGUUGUAUUUACAAAUAACAGCGUUCAAGGGCUCCUAGGAUGCAUGUUACCCGCAUGUUUCAAUUAAGAACUAGUAUGCUGCAUUUCCCAUUUUCUUCAAGGAACACUUAGUUCCCUUUAGAUGAGAGCAUAUCAUAUAGUUGCAUCCAAUAUGUACUUGCACAGUAUUGUUAUUCAUUGGAAUGAACGCGCCCACAAGGCACAACCCGCUUCACAUAUAGCUAAAA